CCUCCACCGUGAAGAUCCCAACACUGAUCCAAAUAAUGGACAUUACAAUUCCUGGACUAAUUUUAGCCAUUCUGAUCUGGGUUGCAUGGGGAAUGAUAACCAAAGAACGUCGAAACCAUGACAUGGAAGAGCAAACCCAGCUACCGCCAGGACCGAGAUGGUUGCCAAUAGUAGGCAACAUGUUCCAACUCGGUUGGUCUCCCCACGAGUCGUUUGCUAAACUGGCUCGCAUCCAUGGUCCAAUCAUGACCAUAUGGCUUGGCUCUAUGUGCACUGUUGUCAUCUCGUCGGACCGGGCAGCUCAUGACAUGUUCAAGAACCAUGAUAUGGUGCUAGCCGGAAGAAAAAUUUACGAGGCAAUGAAAGGAGAUAUUGGAAAUGAAGGGUCUAUUAUCACGUCCCAAUAUGGAAGCCAUUGGCGUAUGCUAAGGCGGCUUUGCAGUACAGAAUUCUUCGUUACAAGCCGGCUAGAUGCCAUGCGAGGAGUUCGAAGUAGAUGUAUAGAUGGCAUGGUUCAGUUCAUAGAAGAAGCUAGUGGAAAUGGCACUCAAGCUAUAGAUGUUGGAAGAUUCUUUUUCUUGAUGUCUUUUAAUUUAAUUGGGAACUUAUUGUUUUCUAAAGAUUUAUUAGACCCAAAAUCAGAAAAGGGAUCUAAGUUCUUUUACCAUGCAGGAAAAGUGAUGGAAUUGGCAGGAAGACCUAACAUAGCAGAUUUCUUGCCAAUUUUUAGAUGGUUUGAUCCACAAGGUAUAAGAAGAAAUACCCAAUUACAUGUUAGAAAAGCAUUUGAGAUUGCAGGUGGGUUCAUCAAAGAAAGAAUAGAGGGUAUGGAAAAUGGAGGAGAUGGCGAAACGAAGAAGAAGAAGAAGGAUUUCUUGGAUGUGCUUUUGGAUUUUCGUGGUGAUGAUGUAAAAGAAAAGAGUUAUAGGUUUUCUUCAACAACUAUCAAUAUUAUUGUAUUUGAGAUGUUUACGGCAGGAACAGAUACAACGACAAGCACAUUAGAGUGGGCAAUGGCAGAACUUCUCCGUAAUCCAAAAGAGCUGAAAAAGGUUCAAGCUGAAAUAAGAAGCACUAUUGGUUCCAACAAGAAGCUUGAAGAGAAGGACAUUGACAAUCUUCCAUACCUAAAAGCAGUCAUAAAAGAAACCCUAAGACUUCACCCACCUCUUCCUUUCUUAGUUCCACACAUGGCCAUGGAAUCCUGCAACAUGCUAGGCUACAGAAUCCCUAAAGGAACACAGAUUCUAGUUAAUGUUUGGGCAAUUGGAAGGGACCCGAAGAUCUGGGACGACCCUUUAAUUUUUAGGCCAGAAAGGUUCUUGGAGCCAAAGAUGGUGGAUUACAAAGGGCAUCAUUUUGAGUUUAUACCCUUUGGUUCUGGGCGUAGAAUGUGCCCUGCAGUUCCUCUUGCUUCACGCGUGCUUCCUCUAGCUUUAGGAUCGCUUUUGAAUUCAUUUGAUUGGGUCUUGGCUGAUGGACUUAGAGCAGAAAAUAUGGACAUGUCUGAAAAAAUGGGGAUUACGCUUCGAAAAUCUGUUCCCUUGAGGGCUAUUCCAGUCCCUUACAAGGUAAAAGGUUAUGGCAAUGAUGUUUUUCUGGGUCCGGCAUAGCCUAAUUGGUCUCUUCAGCGAAGGAAUUUACAGUCUGUGUGAAAGACAAAGCUAUAUAACAUGUCUCUAUGUAAUAAAAUGUGAUAUAACAAAUUGAUGAGCUUGAUGAUUAAAAAAUAAAAAAAAAAUUGACACAUGAUGGACCAACUUAACUUGAUUUGUAAGAUAAUAUGUGACAUUUCUAAUGUCAUAUUCUUAUACUUGAGAGCAAUUGAAUCUGCUCUAUAUAUAAGACAACCAAGCCGCUCCAAGAGCUACUUAAGCUUGAAGAUGAACUAGUCAAGAAUUUUUUACCUAAA